AUGAGACAAAUAAACAGACUGCUCCUUUUAGUGUCGGUCGGCUUUAUCCUAGCCAAGGGAUUUGUCCUGCAAGAUGGAGAAAACAGUACCGAAAUCGAAAAAGGUGUAUUUGACUUGAAAGCAGCAGAAGCUGAGAGGUAAGAGAGAGAAAUUAGCCCUAAAUAAUUUUUCUUUUAAUCCUACUGCUGCUUAUUAGAAGUUCUCCGUGUAGACUGAAGAAACCUUGCACGACUGCAAAGUUCAAUUGAAAAAUAAAUUUCCUUGUCAUAGGAAAACUACAGACGAUCUUCUUUUUAGGGCUGUCGAUAACUUUCACUCGUUUUGACAAAAGGUGAAUAUUCUCAACUGGUUAUCGAAGGAUUCUAAGAUUGAAUGACCCGUGAAAAUCGCAUAUAGCAGAAUGUAAUAUCCUCGUUUUGUUUUUUUUUUGUUUCGUUUUGUUUACAUCAUUGUUAUUUUUUUUUUCUACUUUCUUUCAGUUUUAUUGAACAAAGUUCAUUAGAUGCAGUAAAGGAAGAUCGGUAUCCACAGGACGGCGACAGCCGCGGCCGUCAACAAAAACAACGAUGUAGACGUCAACGCAGAAGUUGUGGCCGUAGAAGUCGUCGGAAUGACUAACCGCGAAAAAGGACUGCUCUUUCUUAGAAUGUUUAGUUGAGCUCGAAAGGAAAACGAUCUAGGGUUUACGCAGGAACAAUUAACAAUCAAACACUUAUGUUUUGAUUUUCAAUCAUUAUUUAAAAAUAAAGUUGGA